ACAGCCGGUUCCUAUCCAAGUCAAUCCAGCGCGAUAAGUUUUGGCUGGUCCGCAUGCUGUUAGCCACGGAAUUUGUUGAUUUUGUUAAUUUAGACAUGACAGGAGACAGCUCAGACGCUGCCGUCGAUGUGUCGGUUAUAAUUCCAGUGUUCAACGGCGAGCGGUGGAUCGACGACUGUCUGAGCUCUGUAGCGCAACAGGAAUUUGCCGGUACCUUGGAAGUGUCAAUUUACGACGACUCCAGCACGGACGGCACUGCCAAGCUUUUGCAAGAGUGGAAACCGAAACUAGAAUCGCGCGGCUUUUUUGUCCGCAUUUCGUCCGGUGAUCCGCAUUCUAAACCAAGGGGAGUUGGCUUCGCGAAAAAUGCCGCCGUACGACAGAGCAAAGGCCGGUACCUCUGUUUCCAGGAUAUUGAUGACCUCAUGCACCCGUCGCGUGUUCAAGAGCAGUUCUACGAAGCAACGAAACAAUCGCCCAACACGAUUGUAGGCUCCCAAUAUCAUCGUUUACCGGAAGGAUCAACAGAACGUUAUACAUUAUGGGCAAACACCUUGGAUCUCCAAAAGCUCACAGUUCAGGUUUACACAUCUCAUGGACCCACCGUCAUCAUGCCUACAUGGUUCUGCAGUAGAGCCGUCUUCGAGGCUGUUGGUGGCUUUGAUGAAACUGGAAAGGGCACUCCAGAAGACCUUAUCUUCUUUUACAAGCAUCUCGACCUUGGAGGAAAUGUCACCAGGGUGGAAAAAGACUUGCUGACCUACCGUUACCACUUGCAACAGUCUACAUUCACAAUAGCAGAAUCUACCAUUUGGGACCUGCGGCUUGCCAGGUUGAAGCACCAUGUAUUGGCACAUUGGCCAAGGUUUACCAUCUGGAAUGCUGGGAAGCAGGGUCGCAGGUUUUACAGGAGCCUCGACAUUGCGAACCGAAGAAAGGUAGCUGCAUUUUGUGAUGUUGAUGAGAAGAAAAUCUCGAGAGGUGUAUACAUCCAUGAAGAAUCUGAGGAAGUGCCCAAACCGAGGGUACCCAUCAUUCAUUAUAAGGAUGCUACUCCACCAUUAAUUAUAUGCAUGAAAUUGGACCUGACCAAUGGCUCUUUUGAAGCUAACCUGUCUUCAUUAAACCUUGUUGAAGGCAUUGAUUAUGUUCAUUUUUCAUAGCCAUUUGAGCUGUGAUAGUUGGUAUGUUAUUGACCAUGUAAAAAUAAAUGUUUUACAAAAAGAAAAAAAA